ACAAAGGGAGAGUGGAACAGAUUGAAUUACAGAGCUAUCCGGAUUUCCGAAGUUGUAAAGGAUAACGCAAAUUUGAUUUGGAAGGGGAAGGAAGUUGCAGUUGCAAGGUGGAGACUUUAUUGAGUGAGAGAGAGGUGUAGGUUCAAUCUGAAUGGCCACACUUAGCUUUGGCUUUGCUACCACAAGUGUGAGUGCCGCCGCUGGUUAUCGCAGGAGAAGCAACUGCAGGUGGCGCAGACCCACAAUUUUGUCCGUUGGAUGGGACCCCGAAGGCGUGCUUGGCCCACCCCAAACCGGCCACCUCGCCAGGCUCGAGUUUCGAAGACGCCUCGAGAGAGACUCAGAAGCACGCGAGGCCUUCCAACGUCAAGUCGAAGAAGAGAAAGAACGCCGUCAAACCCUUCGACAAUCACGUAUUCUUCCCGAUACCCCAGAAGAGCUCAUUGAAUACUUCCUUGACACUGAAGCUCAGGAGAUUGAGUUUGAGAUUGCAAGAAUGAGAACGCGAUUGGAUGAAGGAUUCUUUGCUCAACUGAAAUUCGAGUUAGGACAGCUUCGGUUCGCUGUUAACAAAACUGAGCACAUGGAGGAAAGACAGAUUGAACUAGAGGCUCUAGAGAAAGCCAUACAAGAAGGAAUAGAAGCCUACGAUAAGAUGCAAGGGGAACUCAUAAAAGCCAGGGCAAGCCUAACCAAAAUCUUGACAUCAAAGGAUGUUAAGGCAACUUUGCUGGAUAUGGUUGAAAAGAAUGAGAUUAAUAGAUCUUUGUUGGCACUUCUAGAUGAAAACAUAGCAAAUGCACACAAGGGUAACCAGAAAAAGGCUGCAGAAUACAUGGAGAAGCUUCGGGGGUCUGUUAUUAGGUACAUGACAGUUUAGUGCAUAUAGUACUUUUCUUCCCACUUUUCUAUUAAUUUUUGUGAAAAUUGUACCGUUGAUAAAUGUAUCAAAUAAAAAGAAUACCAGACAACUGAGAUGUUGCGGUAGCAACUGUAAUAUCUGAACUAAGAAAUUGUAAAUUUUGAAAUACGGCCCCUGUAUCAUUCACUGAAA